CUGGGGCAGGCGUUCGUCUUUCAUUGGGCCGCGGCUGCCGUUGUUACCCCGUAAAGAUUAGGGAGCGCUUCUCUGUACCCGCCUGCUUUCUUCUCGUUUAAUCUCUGUUUGGGAAGACAGGUGUGAGAGCAAAAUGGCAGGAAACAGCCUGGUGCUGCCCAUUGUUCUCUGGGGUCGGAAGGCUCCCACCCACUGCAUAUCAACGCUGCUGCUAAUGGAUGACGUGUCCAUGAUCGUCACGGGCUGUCAUGACGGACAGAUAUGUCUCUGGGACCUCUCUCUAGAUUUAGAAAUUAAUCCCAGAGCUCUGCUGUUUGGUCACACAGCCUCAAUUACGUGUUUAUCAAAGGCCUCUGCUUCCAGUGAAAAGCAGUACAUAGUGAGCGCCUCGGAGAGCGGGGAGAUGUGUCUGUGGGAUGUGAAUGAUGGGAGAUGCAUAGAGUUUACGAAGCUAGCCUGCACGCACACUGGCAUACAGUUCUAUCAGUUCACAGUCGGGACUCAGCGUGAAGGGAGACUGUUAUGCCAUGGACACUAUCCAGAAAUUCUUGUUGUGGAUGCCACCAGCCUUGAAGUUCUUUAUUCUUUGUUAUCAAAGAUAUCUCCCGACUGGAUCAGCUCCAUGACUAUCAUUAAAUCCAAUAGAACACAAGAGGAUACUGUUGUAGCAGUUUCAGUGACUGGCAUCCUGAAAGUAUGGAUAGUAACCUCUGAAGUUAGUCGCAUGCAGGAUACCACACCAAUAUUUGAAGAGGAGUCAAAACCUAUUUAUUGUCAGAACUGUCAAAGCAUUUCUUUCUGCGCAUUUACCCAGCGGUCGUUGUUGGUAGUGUGCUCCAAGUACUGGAGGGUUUUUGAUGCUGGAGAUUAUUCCCUUUUAUGCUCACUCCCUAGUGAAAAUGAACAGACCUGGACCGGUGGCGACUUUGUGUCAGCUGACAAAGUGAUUGUUUGGACAGAAGAUGGACAAAGCUUCAUAUAUAAAUUACCACCCAGCUGUCUACCAGCUAGUGAUUCAUUUCGCAGAGAUGUGGGAAAAGCAGUAGAAAAUCUAAAUCCUCCUUUAUUGUACAGCAUAUUGGACAGAGCAGAUAAACAGUUACUUAUAUGUCCCCCAGUUACUCGAUUCUUCUGCAGACGUAGGGAGUUUUCCUAUAAGCUGCUAAUCCAAGGAGACUCUUCAGGAAGACUGUGUAUUUGGAGUGUGCCUGAAAAUCUUGAACAACAAGAUAGUGCAGAAGGUAGACUGCAAACAACAACUUCAAUAUCCCUCCAGGAAGCUUUUGAUAAACUCACUCCUCGCCCAGCUGGGAUUAUAGACCAACUAAGCUUAAUACCAAACUUCAAUGAACCACUUAAAGUUACAGCCAGUGUGUAUAUCCCAGCACAUGGGCGUUUGGUCUGUGGUCGGGAGGAUGGAAGCAUUGUUAUUGUGCCAGCAACACAAACUGCUAUAGUUCAGCUUUUGCAAGGAGAGCAUAUGCUUCGGAGAGGUUGGCCACCUCACCGGACUCUCAGAGGCCAUCGAAACAAAAUUACAUGCUUACUGUAUCCUCACCAGGUUUCUUCUCGUUAUGAUCAAAGGUAUUUGAUCUCAGGUGGUGUGGAUUUCUCAGUCAUCAUGUGGGAUAUAUUUUCUGGAGAGAUGAAACAUAUCUUCUGUGUACAUGGUGGAGAAAUUACACAGCUUCUAGUUCCACCAGAAAACUGUAGUGCAAGAGUCCAGCACUGUAUUUGCUCUGUUGCCAGUGAUCAUUCGGUAGGUCUUCUGAGUCUGCGGGAGAAAAAAUGCAUCAUGCUGGCAUCCCGUCACCUUUUUCCUAUUCAAGUAAUAAAAUGGAGGCCUUCUGAUGACUACCUGGUAGUGGGAUGUUCAGAUGGGUCUGUGUACGUCUGGCAAAUGGAUACUGGUGCGCUGGACAGGUGCGUGAUGGGAAUAACAGCAGUAGAAAUCCUGAACGCCUGUGAUGAGGCAGUUCCAGCGGCUGUGGACUCCCUCAGUCAUCCCGCUGUCAACCUGAAGCAGGCCAUGACUCGGCGUAGCCUGGCUGCUCUGAAAAACGUGGCACAUCAAAAACUGCAGACUCUUGCCACUAACCUGCUGGCUUCUGAAGCGUCUGACAAAGGGAAUUUACCUAAAUAUUCGCAUAACUCCCUGAUGGUUCAAGCUAUAAAGACAAACUUAACAGAUCCAGACAUACACGUGCUCUUCUUCGAUGUAGAGGCCCUGAUUAUUCAGCUGCUGACCGAAGAGGCCUCGAGACCCAACAGUGCACUCAUUUCUCCGGAGAAUUUGCAGAAGGCAUCUGGCGGUUCUGACAAAGGAGGCUCCUUUUUGACUGGCAAACGAGCAGCCGUCCUCUUCCAGCAGGUCAAGGAGACGAUCAAAGAGAAUAUCAAAGAGCAUCUUCUCGAUGAUGAGGAUGAGGAUGAAGAAUCAAUAAGGCAGAGAAGAGAAGAUGGUGACCCAGAGUAUCGCUCUAGCAAAUCUAAACCAUUAACUUUAUUAGAGUAUAAUCUAACCAUGGAUACAGCAAAGCUUUUUAUGUCUUGUCUUCAUGCCUGGGGCUUGAAUUCUGUUCUAGAUGAGCUUUGCCUUGAUCGCCUGGGGAUGCUUAAGCCGCACUGUUCGGUGUCCUUUGGCCUCCUGUCUAGAGGUGGCCACAUGUCUCUGAUGCUUCCCGGUUACAAUCAGUCUGUAGGUAAACCAUCCUAUGAGGGCAUGGAGCUGGGAAGGAAAAUGUCCAUUACAGAAGGACUCGGAAAGGGGACAUACGGAGUAUCGCGUGCUGUCACCACUCAGCACCUCCUGUCUGUCAUCUCGCUGGCAAACACGCUGAUGAGCAUGACUAAUGCAACUUUUAUUGGAGACCACAUGAAGAAAGGCCCGACCAGGCCGCCUCGGCCUGGCACUCCAGAGAUGACAAAAGUGAAGGCACCUCCUUCGAUGUCAAGUCAUGCAGCUCAAGGACAAAUUAAGCAAGUUGCUCCUGCUGUUUCUUCUAGCACUGAAGCUGGUCACUCUGGCUCUGACACUGCUCCUACUUUACAUACCUGUUUCUUAGUAAAUGAAGGGUGGAGCCAGCUGGCUGCUAUGCACUGCGUGAUGCUCCCCGACCUGCUGGGGCUGGACAAGUUCCGACCUCCUCUCCUGGAGAUGCUGGCCCGCCGGUGGCAGGACCGGUGCCUGGAGGUAAGAGAAGCUGCCCAGGCCUUAUUGUUAGCAGAACUGAGAAGAAUCGAACAGGCAGGUCGGAAAGAGACAAUUGAUGCGUGGGCUCCAUAUUUGCCACAGUACAUUGACAGUGUUAUAUCACCUGGGGUAACCACGGAAGCCAUUCAAACUGCUACGGCAAGCCCAGAUGCGUUGGGAACAGAGGCAAAAGUUCAAGAGGAAGAGCACGAUCUGGUUGAUGAUGACAUCACGGCAGGUUGCCUGUCUGGUCUCCCGCAGAUGAAGAAAAUCUCUACCUCUUACGAAGAGCGCAGGAAGCAAGCUACUGCCAUCGUCUUGCUGGGGGUGAUCGGGGCAGAAUUUGGAGCUGAAAUUGAGCCUCCCAAACUCCUGACUCGGCCACGUAGCUCUAGUCAAAUUCCUGAGGGAUUUGGUUUAACUAGUGGUGGAUCAAAUUAUUCCCUGGCGAGGCAUACGUGCAAGGCAUUGACGUUUCUGCUGCUGCAGCCGCCGAGCCCCAAGCUGCCCGCGCACAGCACCAUCCGCAGAACUGCCAUCGACCUGAUCGGCCGCGGCUUCACCGUCUGGGAGCCCUACAUGGACGUCUCUGCUGUGCUCAUGGGUCUUCUGGAGCUCUGUGCCGACGCCGAGAAGCAGCUUGCUAACAUCACAAUGGGGCUGCCCCUGAGCCCGGCAGCCGACUCUGCCCGCUCGGCGCGACACGCUCUCUCGCUCAUCGCCACCGCCAGACCACCCGCCUUCAUCACCACCAUUGCCAAGGAGGUGCACAGGCACACCGCCCUGGCUGCAAACACGCAGUCUCAGCAGAAUAUUCACACCACCACUCUUGCUCGGGCUAAAGGAGAGAUCUUACGAGUCAUUGAAAUACUAAUUGAGAAGAUGCCUACCGACGUUGUGGACCUUCUUGUGGAGGUUAUGGACAUCAUCAUGUAUUGCCUGGAAGGAUCUUUAGUUAAGAAGAAAGGUCUUCAGGAAUGCUUUCCAGCCAUCUGCAGGUUCUACAUGGUCAGCUAUUACGAGCGGAGUCACAGAAUAGCAGUUGGAGCUCGCCAUGGUUCAGUGGCCCUCUACGACAUCCGGACUGGGAAAUGUCAGACGAUCCAUGGUCACAAAGGGCCCAUAACUGCAGUGGCUUUUGCCCCCGACGGCCGGUACCUCGCCACCUACUCCAACUCCGACAGCCACCUCUCCUUCUGGCAGAUGAACACGUCCCUGCUGGGCAGCAUCGGCAUGCUCAACUCGGCGCCGCAGCUGCGCUGCAUCAAGACGUACCAGGUGCCGCCCGUGCAGCCGGCCUCCCCCGGCUCGCACAACGCCCUGCGGCUGGCCCGCCUCAUCUGGACCUCCAACCGCAACGUCAUCCUCAUGGCUCACGACGGCAAGGAGCACCGCUUCAUGGUCUAGGGGAAGCCGCCCGCGCUAGAAAUACAUUUCUGUUUCCAACCUCCGUGUAACUCUCCCUCUUUCUUUGUCUCUGUGCUCCACACACCGAUCGCCCCCCAGCGCCCCACGGACCGGCCAGGCCGCGGCGGCUCGGCCCGGCUCGGCUCCGCCGGGCGGACACGGACAUGGACACGGGGUGGUUUCUCCCCGCGGCAGGGAGAGGAUGGCUGCUGGGGAGGUCCCGGUGGCUCGGUGCAGCAGCAGCAGGAGACCCAGUCACGCCUUGACCGCGCUCCGAGGCCUGGAAAGUGGCUGCAGGCAUCACCCCGGGCUCCUUCGCUGGGGGCCGAGCCCACGCAGCAGCCUCCUUAAACACGCUCGCGGAACCUCAGUGUUUACCAAAAAGGCUGGGUUUACACGGACUUUCUUCUAGUGACCACUGAAUGAUCGCUGGGUAACGCCUCUUAGAGCUAGCGUGUUAAUGAGGGCCUAAUUAACUCGGGAUCGUGAGGAAUUGAGUGUGCAGGAGUGAGUGGCCUCUGCUCUGAGCUGAGGGGUCACGUUUCCUCAUGAAAAGACAGAGGUUUUGAGUUGGAAGUGCUGCUGUGCUCAGUCGUUGCUUGCUGUCGUCUGGAAGAAAGAGUAACAAUCCACAUGUAAAUAUUAAAAAUCUCUCUAAGAUGGAAUAGCAAACUUGAACAAAGGAGUAUUUGUAUAUAAAGGUGUUUUUUGCUACCAGUGAAGGUAUUUAUUUAAAAAAAGAGAGAGAGAUAAUAAGCUUUUUCUUCCAAAAGCCGCUCCCAUUUGUGCUGGACCCUGCGUGGAAAGCAGGCUGUGCGCGCUUCAUGGGCUGGCCUCGCCGAGAGACUGGGGGGAAACACUCCCUGGAGGGUGACAGCACAAAUGUCGCUGGUGGUUAGCAAUUCGGGCACAAAAAAUUGUGAAAAAUAGGUAAGUUAUUUGAGUGGAUGUAUGGAAACAAUUUCUUCAGCAGGAAUAUUCCUAUGUAACGUUAGCUGUGACUGUGUUUCCUUCUUACAUAUCUAAUUUUAUGAAAUAUUUAAUCGUGUGAAAGUACGCUGGUUUAUGCUCACAGUAAAGAAAAAAAUCUAUAAAAUACUAUUUUAUUUAAACAUAUUGCUGUAUAUGUUUGUAUAGCUUUUUCUUUGCCAUUUUUGUCUGAAAAGCUCACAGAAAUAAGAAGGCUGUCUUUACAUGGUAAAGUAAAAAUGGUACUCAUAGAAUCCUCCCUUCCCCAAAAGGAAUAAAUUAAUUUUUAAAACGGCUUCUAAAUUUAAAAAGCAUUGAUUUUUUUUUUAUUAUUUUAUUUUAGGUGGUCUAUGUAGUACACUGUGUAUGAAAGUGAGGUUUACAGUCCAGAAGCUACAUAUCUGUUUGCUGUUUAAAAAUUUAAAAAUAAAAAAGCGCAAGAAAUUAAGACCAUUAGGAAUGUUUAACACAAACUGCCGUAAAAUUUAUUCUUUGUAUCUGGCGGGAAUGUAGAAUAUAGUAGAGAACUCUGUCGUAGAAUAUCAGGGUCUUUUCUAAGUGAACUAAUGCAAUGUGCAUGUAUAUUGUGUUUAUAAAGAUAUAUAUGUAACCUUGAUGAUCAAAGAAGAAAAGAAGAGCUGACAGAGGCUUCCAUCUAUGGACUGAAACGCGGUAACAUUCGCUUUAGGCGUAUGAGGGAGGCGUUAGGGUACACUGCAAGCAUUCCCAGAGGUAUUCCAGGAUCCGACCCCAUCGGUUUCGUUAGGGUACACCUCCAGAUGUAUGUGUUUACCUUCAGAAACAAACUGCGGCCCUGGUGGGAACAGCGGGCCGUAGCCCUCCAAUGAUUUCCUUUGUGGUACAGUGAACAAACAUCUUGAAUUAUAUAUGCAUUAAAACGUUUGUUUUAAGGUAGAAGUGUAAUGGAUUUUCUAAAGUGCGAAGGAGAGGCAGCCAUUUUCCUCCCAGUCCUGCAAACCAAGCAGCAGAGGCGCUGACAGCGAGCGGUCCGGCGGUGGAGGAGCGUGCUCAGCCCGCGGCGCCCGUCUUCGGGGCAGCCGGGCUUGGUCUGGUCCUGCCCGGCCUGCAGCUCCUGCGGGUCCUCCCGGGAGACACCUCCCGUUUACCUGCCUAAACACAACCCCUGCUUCGGUGACUUUGUUAGCCCUAGUCCUCAACUUCUUCGCAGCCUCCAUCUCUCAGCACUGCUGUAAAAUUUGUAUUGUCAUUCCGGUGUAAGCUUUUAGUGCUCUAUUGAUUUGUUAGUGCUGUAUUUGGACUUGUCCUUGUAAAUGUGGAGACGUAUGUGGCUUCAUUGGCAGUUUACAAGCAAAAGAUGACAUGAUGAGACACCUGUAUGAAAAUGUUGUAAUGAUGGAAGUCACCAUCUGUGGUAAAUGAUUGAAGUGUCUGCCUCCCAAGCAACUUUUGAAUCCACUCCCCAUCUGCUGUAUGUAUUGAACAACCUGGUGUAAAUAUGCUUGUGAAAUAAAACUGAAUUGUAU